AUGAGUGGGUAUGUAUGAUUGUGUAUAUGUGCUUGGUUUCUUUCUUUGAUUAGCACCGAUGCAAUAUGGAAUGAUGCAUGAAUUUUUUAAUUUACAAUAAAUGAACAAUAAUUACUAACCAUUGAAGGUACACUGUUAUAAUUGCAUUUAUUAUUACCGCUGCUUUAUCCACACUAGCUUGGAUAUUUGCUCCAAAAGAGAACACAACUGUUUGGAGAUCGUCAGUUAUAUUAGGGUUAUCAAUGUGCUAUUUGAUGUGGGCGAUCACCUUCCUCAGUCAAUUACAUCCAUUAGAGGCUCCUAGAAGGUCGGAUUUAAGGCCUGAGAAAUAG